UGGCUGAAGUGGCCCUGUUGCCUUGGCGACGAUAGGGGGGGUACGGAAGCGUUGCCGUGCGGCGUGAUCUCCGCGCUGCGUGGAUGGAGGAAGCAGCUGCUGAUCUUUUGACACAGCGCGAGCGAAAGGCUACCGCAUGAAAGCGCUGGAGCUUUUGUCGUCGGACGCGACAGUAGAAUGCACGAAUAUAAGAUCUGGCUCUUGGCUGUAUGCAGUUGCUGUCCCACAAAAGCUGAAGAAACCCUCCUGGUUUGAUGGGUCCGAUAAUCGGGAUGUCUCCAGAUAAGAAAGCCGAAUCUCCUGGAGCGCAGGUUGUGUGUGGAGCUGGGACUCUUCCUGAAGCAGAGAGUGCUUCCAGUCCCAUGGCUACCAAUCUGGACCAGAUUGGUCGGGCUGGAGCAUUGAGUGUGGUUGCGGGUGAGUCUGAAGAUGAUGAACUAACCAACUUGAACUGGCUUCAUGAGAACUUGCUGCAGAACUUCACGCUCGGAGACGAGGCGCAACCCAUCAACAGCCCGCUGUUUGACAUUGAGGGAGGCGGUGGGUCGCCACACAGCAACACCACCUCGUCCACCUCCUCUGUCUCUGCGGGAAGCGAGAGAGAUCCUUACAAGUCAAAGCCUCCCUUCUCUUUCUCCUUACUGAUAUACAUGGCUAUCGAGCAGUCGCCCAGCAAAUCUCUCCCAGUGAAGGACAUCUACGGCUGGAUCCUCAAACAUUUUCCGUAUUUCUCUAGUGCCCCUACUGGCUGGAAGAACUCAGUGCGCCACAACCUGUCCCUCAACAAGUGCUUCCGCAAAGUAGAGCGAAGCAUAGGAAAGACCAAUGGGAAAGGCUCUCUGUGGUGUGUUCACCCCGAGUUCCGGCCCAUGCUGAUGCAAGCCCUGAAGAAACAGCACUUCCCGAAUGCACAUGCCUUCUGCACUCCCCCUGCUUCCCCUCCUAGUGCCUCGUCUCCUCCUCAUCAUCUUUUCACAUCAGAGCAGGGCUGUGCCCUAAAAGAAUGUGAUUUUGAUGCUGCCACUGCCAUGAUGCUGUUAAAGUCUGCCUCUGAGCAGAACAUUAACUCAUACCCAGAUGACCAAGAAGGACCCAUAGAUCUCUCCCGAAGGGACUUGGUGGUUGUGAGUCGGGAUCCAAAGCAGGAUCACAACUACAGCAGCUCCCCUGUCCCGCCCUGCCCUCGCCAGAUGCCUCUUUCACAGCCGGUCAACUUCAGCCUGGCUCUGCACGGUGAUCAGGAGAGAGAAGGCCGGGCCCGAUGGCCACGCAGCCCGCUGCAGGGUCCGCUUUUAGGGAAGAGGAGCAGAAGAGAUUCUCGGCCAGAUGUGGAUGAGGAGCUCAAGGAGGCGGCCGGCUCUCUCCUACACCUGGCCGGUAUUCGCACAAGUUUAGUCGCCUCAAGACGCAAGAGCAGGAAACUCAGUAGGAAAUGACCCUGAUUCUGUAACUCCAUCCUGUGGCCUGUCCAACCUCUCUCUUCUGGUUUGGUGUAUCUUCCUUCUUGUUUGUAAUUGUUGGGAUGAUUUUCUUUCCUUUCGUCUUUUUAACUGGGAUAUCGUUCUGGUCCACUCAUCAAACAUGGCAAUACAAACACAGGAGAGAAAAGCCAUACUGACAUGUUUUAUGUACAGAAAAAGAAACCGAUUUGAACGAAUGGCCCACAUCAUUUGAGUUUAACAGUAAGAGAGUUUGAAGAUGUUAAUCGUAAAAAAAAAAGAGAGAGAUAAAAAGAGAGAGACACUGGUAAAAAAAAAAAAAAAACUUCAAGAUUUGCAUGCUUCCACCUCUAAAUCAACACAAACUUAUUUAUAUGGAAAAUGAAUGCAUGGAUUUUACAAGCUCCCAAGACCUAUCAUGCUUCUUAACUAUAGAGGGAAAAACAGCUUAAAAAAAGUGAAAUUUGAAAGUGCCAUUGAUUUUGGAUCAUAAUAUAAACUUGAUACAAAAGAAGAAAUGCAAUAAUUAGUUACCUAAAUACCUGUAGUUAUUUUAUUUUUGUACUGCUGGUUUAUAUCUCGUGUGGUGGUGACGGCAUGCCCCUGGGAGCCUUUUGCUGCCGCAGUUAUGAUGUCAAAACCAUGUGGCUCCUCCCGUGCGUCCUGAUUGGAUCAGUUUUGCAUCCCCAUCCUGACCACUAUGACUGGAGAACAGCUUGAAGGAUACAGCUUUUGCUGCAUGCACAUCAGCCUCAAUGUUUCUCAGAUGCUAGCAAUCUGUAUAAUCAGGUGUUGUGCUAUUCCAUGUGCACUGACUUGAUUAAAUCAUUGCCCAUGCACAUAUUGCUUGCUUUGGAGCAUACUAAAUAGCGGCCAAUCAAAACAAGAACCUCUUUACCUCUACUGUAAGAUUUGAACCACUCUCUCCCCUUCCUGCUCUAUGACUUUUUGGGUCACUUCUACCCAAAUCAGGUCUUUUCCAUCUUUUUCUUGGUUUAAACUGUGUGACAAAGCCUCCAGCAGGGGGAGCUCUGUGAAUCGCCACUUUCCAUUGCUGCUUUUGAACUGGCGCUGUGCUGCUCCAGAUCUCCAGAGAGUUCCCAGGGCUUCAGAUGAAACCAGAGACAAUGUGAACUGCACAGUAAACGCGCCUGCAAGCAGAGACAAAGACAUUCUCCCAUCUUUUAAGCUUGCGGAUGGUGCUGCUCAUGGGAGAAAGGACCACAGGAAUUGAAGCUGGGGAGAGUGGACAGUAUAUUUGAGGAGCAUGACAGUAAUGGGAGAGCCUACUGGAUGUGAACUGAGAACUGUGCCACUAAGAGCUCUCUGGACUCCCGGCCAUGUUUAACCCAAGGGUUUUUUUUUUGUCCCCUUUGAGAUCGCCAAAGUUUCUGCUCACAAAACUUGCCUGGCUGUGUAUUCCCUGUGAUCCCAGAAUGUUUGUAUGUUUAAUAUCGGGUUUUUAAGUGUUUGUUUGAGGCUACAUUAGGAUUUUAUAUACCCAAGCAUGUGAAAUUGUGAAGUAUAACUGCCACUUGCCCCCCUACACUGGCAAACCAGAACUUUCUGUUUGAGUUGAUUACUUUAAAACUGCCUAUCCUUAUAAAGCUCUUUCCCUGUCACUUUAACCAUGGCUGCCAAUUCGUCCCCUCUAAGCUGUACAUAGUGCUAAUUACAGAAUGCAAGUAUUAAUGCAGGGAGGGGGACAGAGCAGUAGUUUUAGAAUUUGAGGCCAAGUCUGAAAACAGCUGCCUAUUAAUUAUUGUUAUUAUUAUUAUUAUUAUUAUUAUUAUUAAGAUAAGGUCCACUAACUGAGUUGCCACAUCGCCAUCGAUUUUGACAUGUUCUUCUGCCAUAUAUGUGGCAGUCUGAACCUGAUUUUUGAUUUUGUAAGCUAACAUCUGUUAAUAAAAGUUUAUAAAGUUUAUUUUUGCCAAAGAUAUGCAAUUGUUGCAUUAUAUAUGGUAUUAAAGAAUAAAAGAGUUUUUCUUUUACUGA